AUGAACAUCGAUUCUAUUUGCGUCAAGGAGUUUGACCCCAAAAUCACUACCGCACCGCAUAUUUUGCCUAUUUAUGCCACAUCCUCAUUCUGUUUCGACAACAUAGAUCAAGGCAUAGAAAUAUUCAACAACAUUGAGAGCGGCAACACCUAUUCGCGCUACAGCAACCCCACCGUCGAUGCCGUAGCCGCCAAAAUCGCACAGCUCGAAUCGCAUGGCUCACCCGACAUCCAAGCCGAUGCCAUACUCACCUCCUCAGGCAUGUCGGCUAUUUCUACCCUCGCCAUAGGCAUACUCCAAGCCGGCGACGCCAUACUCACCCAAGAAAACCUCUAUGGUGGCACCACCGAGCUCUUCCGCGGACUCCUCGAACCCCUCGGCAUCACCACCAUUUUCAUGAAUCUUCGCGACCUCCAAGCCGUAGAAGACGCCUUCCACAAACACUCCAACAUCCGUCUGCUAUACUUCGAAACGCCCUCCAACCCUACCCUCGCCUGCUUACCCAUACGCGAAUUGGCGGAGCUAGCCACUCGCCACGGCGCCCUCAGCUGCAUAGACAAUACCUUCGCCACGCCAUACCUGCAACAACCUUUGCGCCUAGGCGUCGAUCUCUGCGUACACAGUACCACCAAAUUUCUCAAUGGACACGGCAAUAGCAUAGCAGGCGCCAUCGUCGCCAAGGACAAAACCCUUCUCCGCAAAAAAAUAUGGAAUGCCAUGAAGCUCGCAGGCACCAACUGCAGCCCAUUUGAGGCCUGGCUCACGCACAAUGGGCUCAAAACCCUCGCCGUACGCAUGGAGCGCCAUUGCAAAAACGCACAAACCAUCGCCGAAUACCUCGAAAAUCACCCCAACGUAGCCAAAGUAAACUACCCUGGAUUGCCAUCGCACGCCGACCACGCCAUCGCGCGCGCGCAGAUGUCCGAUUUUGGUGCCAUGCUCAGCUUCGAGCUCAAAGGUGGCUUCGAUACCGGCGUUGCCUUCAUGAAUCGCCUGCGUUUCUGCACCCUCGCGCCCACGCUCGGCGACACCGACACCUUGGUGCUCCACCCAGCCUCCAGCUCGCACCUACGCGUGCCACCCGAGGUACGCCUGCGCAAUGGCAUCACCGAUGGACUCAUUCGCCUCUCGGUUGGCAUCGAAAAUGUGCAGGAUAUCAUCAAUGAUUUGGAGGGCGGGUUUUCUGAUAUGCCGUAG